AUGGACGUGGCGGGAGACGAUUCCGGUGCCGGAGCGGCCAGCGGCGCCGCCGCCGCCGCCGUUCGCCCGGAUGGCGUUCUGCUGGAGCAGCUCAUGGACCUGCUCGACCGGCCCCUGUACACCAUGAGCGGCCCCGAUCUCGACGAGCUCCUGCAGCUCAUCGAGGAGGAGUCGAAGAUGGAGGUGGAUUCCCCUCCGCCACCUGCGGCGGCGGCUACGGCGGCGCCUGCGGCGGCGGCGGCGGGACGCCCGGCGGGAGCGGGAGCGGCGACGGCCACUUGGGAGAAGUACGAGUGGGUGAAGGUGCCGGCCCCCGUGGUGCAGCACGAGAGGCUGCGGCUGCUGUGCUCGGUGCUACGGCUGGAGGCCUGCAGCGACAAUUCCUUCCAGCAGGCAGCCGCGCAGGCUAAGCAGGAUGAGGGGGAGGAGGCGGCGGAGGAGGAAGACGCACCCAUGACGUCGCCAGCAGUGAAGGGCAAGGGGAAGGCGCCCGCACAUGAAGGUAGCGGCGGUGGCAGACCGGGGGGGCGCGCAGGAAUCCCUCCUGUGGUGGUCAACCUCAACUCGUCAUCGAGCGAGCUGAAGCUCCUGCGGGUGUUGCAGACCCUGGUUAACCUUUCGGGGAAGGAUACCGAUGUCGGGGGCGGGUACGAUGGCACGGGAUUGACCUUUGCUUGUUAG